AUGAUUGAGAUAUCAAUUUCAUAAAUCAGUCUAAAACAAGCAUUGGGCAAUUGUUAAAUCAAUAUUGGGAUUAAAUGCGGUACAAUUCUUAAAUAUUAUUAGGUGAAAGGAAGGAAAUAUUGUAUUAAUAGUUUUCAUCAACUCAAAAAAUAAUCAAAUAUUCUUAGCCUCAUCAAUAUGUAUUUGAUACCCAAAACACGAAAUUUGUAAAAUUAAAGCAUAAUUCAUUGUUAGCUGUAAUUUUAUAUUGAAACUCCUGAUGAAUAAGGGUAUAUUAAACUUUUGGGCAGUUCAAAAUUGCUUAUCAAUGAUGUUUAAGGAAGAGAAGUUUCUCAUAAAAUAGAACUUGAACAUAGCAACAUAAUGAAUUUGGUAUUACGAUGCACUGCUGAAGUACGCAAUUCUGCAAAAUAAAUACCACCAAUGAAUAAUAGGAUCGAUAAUUAUCAUAUGAUGUCUGUAAACAAGUCAGAACCUAUCAUUAACAAGAAACGCUAUGGAAGCCCUUAACCUAACAAAAAUUAACCGUCUCGUUCUCCUUAACACAAGAAAUUGCCUCCUCAACCUUAACCCCAACCAGUUGUACUAUAACAACAACAACAACAACAACAAUUCCAACAAUAACAACAACAACCUUAAUAAUAGGUAUUAUAACCUACUAGCAGCAAUCUAAGCAAAAGUAGUGCUUCAAGCAUAAAGCAUCAAAAAAUAUUAGAGGAUUAUAAGUAAGUGAUGUAGAACAGCAUUCUAGAUGAAAGUGAAGAAUUUCAAAAUAGUCCAGAUCAUAGAAUGGAUCCUCCAUAACCGAUUAUGGAAUUUUAAAAAAAUAACACUACUCCAAGGUAAAGUUCUAAAUAAAUUGAAGAAAUUUAAUUAGCAUAAUAUAAAUAAAUGGUAAAGGAAUUAUCAUUACUACUUGAUGUAUAGCAAGACUGCGAUUCAAUUGUUUAUGCCGUGUAAUAAUUAUUACAAAAAUAUCGAGGUUAAAAUGAAUAAAUAAUGAAAAUUUAAUGUGAGAAUCAAAUUUUGUUCAGUCAAUACAACAGCUUACAGUAGCAAAAAAGUAUAAUUGAAUCCAAGACAGAUGAAUUUAAAAAUCAAAUUAAAUCAAAAUUGAAAACAUACAAAAGUUUAUUUGAUGAAAAUGUUUAACUAAAAAAUUAACUAAAAGAAGACCUUUAAAAAAUAGUUGAUCUUAAUAUUUAAAUAAGAGAGUUAAAGGGAGAUCAAUUAGAAAAAUAACAAAUAGAUUCAGAAAUUCAACACUUAAAGUAGCAAAUAGAUAAAGUGACAAUGAAUGUUGAUCAAAAAUCGUAUGAUUAUGCAAUACUAACUGAAGAAAUAAACUUAAUUCAAUAUAAUGUAUGA